UUGAAAUGCGCCGCUCGCAGGCGCGCCGCCCUGUGCUCGUCGGGAGAGGCAGCGAGGCGGCGCCGUGGGCUCCGCCGUCUGCCGUGGCUGUUGGGCACUGGCGUCCACAUGCAGCGCUCCGUCCAUGCGUAGCCUAGCCCUCCUCCUGCUCCCGUGUGCCGUGGCGGUCGUGCUGCGCUUGUGGUUGACGUGUCGGAGCACAACCCCGCCGGACGCCGGAGACUCGGCUGCCACUCAAGAUGAAGCGUUGCCCUCCUACGAAGUGUUGAUGGGAGUGCUGUCGGCGCGCCACCACCGUGACCUCAGACGGGCGAUAAGGGAGACAUGGCUGGGCUACCUCAAGGAUCACCCCCGUUUCCAGCACAGAGUGGGGGUGAAGUUUAUCGUGGGCGAGCGCGGCUGCCCCGUUCCGGAAGAAGAUCGGGAGGAUCCGUACUCUUGUUCCCUCCUGAACCUCACCGAGCCAGUGGCAGGGCAGGAGGCUGAGAUAGAAGUGGUGAAGGUGGCUGACCCCUCCAUGCUGGCUCCAGCCGAGGUGUCCGCCGUGGCCCUAGAUUUCAAGGUCCUGCACCCGGUGGUGAUUACCAGGCUGGGGGUGUUUCCCAGUGGGACCCAGCAGGAGCUGCGGGGCAAUGUGACGGUGAAGCUGUUUCAGCUGGACCAAGAGGAGGCCGUGGUGACUGCUCGUUUCAGUGCCAUCAGCACAGGGACCAUGGUGAAUGGGGUGUGGUACAAACCGGUGGAGCAGUUCAUCUUGCCUAAGGGCUUUGAGGGGACGCUGGUUUGGGAGAGCUUUGACUCAGCCGGAUUGACCACACUCGGUUCCUGUGUGCAGCUCAACGACGGAGGUGGCGUCCUCAAGAUCUCCUCUAUUGAAGAAGGCAUCCUGCCCCACAGAAGUGCCCGUGGCUUUCCUGGUUUGGCUGGAGGGUUCACAUUCAGCAUCUAUGAUGGAGAAGGUCUGACUGGGCUCCUGCAGGGCCGGGCUGGCAGGAUGGAGCGUCAUGCCUCUAGGCUGAGGCAGGAGGAUGCUUCUCUCCGGGAGGAGAACCUCAGGCACGGGGACAUGGUGUUUGUGGAUGUAGUGGAUACCUACAGGAGUGUGCCUUCCAAACUGCUCCAGUUUUAUAAAUGGUCUGUAGGAAACGCCGAGUUCAAUCUCCUCCUGAAGACAGAUGAUGAUUGUUACAUCGACGUGGACUCGGUAUUAAUGAAGAUUGACCGCAAAGGCCUCAAGCGCAGUAAUUUCUGGUGGGGGAAUUUCAGGCAGAGCUGGGCUGUGGACCGCAUUGGGAAGUGGCAGGAGCUGGAGUACGCCAGUCCGGCCUACCCGGCGUUCGCUUGUGGCUCGGGGUAUGUGGUCUCUCGUGACCUGGUGCAGUGGCUGGCCACUAAUGCGGAGAAACUGAAGGCCUACCAGGGGGAAGAUGUGAGCAUGGGUAUAUGGAUGGCUGCUGUCGGACCGCAGAAGUACCAGGACCCCGGCUGGCUGUGUGAGAAGGAGUGUUACCUGGACAUGCUGUCCUCUCCCCAGCAUACGGCGGAGGAGCUGCGAGCCCUGUGGGACCGAAAGAGGGCCUGCGGGGACCCCUGCGGCUGUCCCUGGAGCCCCUGAAUCUGGUUGAUACCCCACCCAAACACAGGGCGGCAUGGGUAGAAUGCACACUGGUUAACGUUUCUGCUUCUGAGCUUUCCUUUAAGCCCCAGUAUGAGACACUUACAAGUUUUUGUCCACCACUGUUAUACAAACACAUACAUUUUUGAACUGUAAGGUUUGCUAGUAAAACAUGUCUUCUGGACCACCACGUCCCACCGUCACUAGAAAAUGCAGGUCCAUUGUGUACCGCCGUGUAAGAAUCGCCAAGGUCACAAAAUAUUUACAACAGCAAAAUAACCUUUGAAGCUCCUGUUUAGCUGCCGCAUACUGUCAGUCUUGUAUCACCGAUUCAGGGAGGAAAAAAAGCAACAACAGAAAAGAUAAAAAUAGAGAAGGAAAGAUGAAUUAAACAUAAGGAAAACAAAGAUUGUAUUUGGUUUUGGCGACAAGUGGAGUUAGACUCUCCACAGACUCGGGUUUCGGAGUUGGAGUUUGGGUAUUUUUUACUGUAAAAGUGAUUGGAAUGCGACAGGGAUGCUGGAUGGAGUGAGGGUACAUGUGCAACCAGCAGGUGAUGGUCAUGAAUAUAAAAAAAAAAAAAAAUCUACUGUGAGACUUGAUCACCCGGAUAAAAAAAAAAAACACUAUUGGGUGGACUCGAUCUUAAGCCUGAUAACCUCGCUUGAUCUCACGUUGGCUUCAAGCCGAGUGAGACGUGAUGGCGUUUUGAAGAUAUUUAUCGCAUUUUAAGAUUAGCUCCGCUCUUUUUGUAAAUUAUUCUCCGAAAGCUUUUCAUCCUCUUUCACUCUUUGUAGAUUUACGAGAAGCUUCGUCACAAACAGGGUUUGUAAGAUGUACUGUACCGUUUCUGUCGUCGUGCAAGCGUGGUGUGGCCUUACUGUGUUUGUUAAGCGUUGUACAUACUUCUAACAACUGUGAUUAUUACAAGCGAAUUUGGAGAAAAGGACAAAUCUGUAUUUGCAAAGUGGGUUUUGGGACGUGGCGGGAUAAUGCUAUCGUGGGGACUGGGGGAAGACACUGUAUGGACACGUGGUUUUGUGAGAGCCCUUCGGGGAGGAAUAAAAGACACUUCUGAU